GGAACGAGGCUAGUAGCCUCGUCUUCACGGGUCAGCCUGUGGCCGAUUCCGAACUCCCUUGGGCGUCCCGCUCCAAAUCAGCUUAUCGCUCUUUCGAAUUCGCCGCGAUUCUGGGAGUUCGCAUGUGAACCUCGCUUUUUUUAGACCAUGACUUUUAGGAUCAAUAUCCUAUUUGCGUGUGAAUGCUGUUCUGCUGCCACGUGGGCAUGGAUGACAAAAGGCUAAUAUACUUGAUGCCCAGAAAAUUGAUAGGUUUGCAGAAGAUUAUUCUGGCAUUUGAAAAUAGAAUUAUAACUGGAACCUGUAAUAACAAGUUGUUUUGCUAAUGACUUUUCAUGAGACGCAAGCUGGUCUCUAGUGGGACUCUGUGGGAGGAUGAAUGCAGAGGAGCUGGAGCUACUGAGUGAUUCCAAGUACAGGAACUAUGUAGCAGCUGUUGACAAGGCUCUGAAAAGCUUUGAAUACUCCAGCGAAUGGGCCGAUCUAAUCUCAUCACUUGGAAAGCUAAACAAGGUUCUACAAAACAAUGCAAAGUACCAAGUCGUACCAAAAAAGCUGACCAUAGGAAAGCGCCUUGCACAAUGCCUUCACCCUGCCUUACCAGGUGGCGUACACCGGAAGGCACUUGAGACCUAUGAGAUUAUCUUCAAGAUCAUUGGGCCCAAGCGUCUGGCCAAAGAUCUCUUCCUGUACAGCUCUGGGUUGUUUCCUCUUCUCGCCAAUGCUGCUAUGUCUGUCAAACCAGCAUUACUCAGUCUGUAUGAAGUAUAUUAUCUUCCUAUGGGCAAAACGCUGAAACCAGGCCUACAAGGGCUGUUAACUGGGAUACUUCCUGGCUUGGAGGAGGGGUCAGAGUAUUAUGAGAGAACCAACACUCUGCUGGAGAAGGUAGCUGCCGCAGUGGACCAAUCAGCUUUCUACAGCGCGCUGUGGGGUAGUCUUCUUACCAGCCCUGCAGUCCGGUUGCCUGGAAUUACGUACGUCCUCUCCCAUCUAAACAGGAAGCUUUCCAUGGAAGACCAGCUCUAUAUAAUAGGCAGUGAUAUUGAAUUAAUGGUAGAAGCAGUAAGCACUUCAGUGCAGGAUUCCAGUGUAUUAGUUCAGAGGAGCACACUGGACCUGAUCCUGUUCUGUUUUCCAUUUCACAUGAGUCAGGCAACACGCCCAGAUAUGAUCAGAAUUCUGUCAGCAUCUCUUCAUGUAGUCCUGCGCAGAGACAUGUCACUCAAUCGAAGGCUUUAUGCAUGGCUUCUAGGUUUUGAUCACAAUGGUGCCAUUAUAGGGCCUAGAAGCACAAGGCAUAGUAAUCCUGAAGAACAUGCUACAUACUACUUCAAUACAUUUUCUAAGGAAAUGCUAGUUCAGGCAAUGGUGGGAAUUUUGCAAGUCAAUGGGCAUGGAAAGGAGAGUACAUUGAUGCAGGACCUAAAGCCUUUUCGAAUUCUUAUCAGUUUACUGGAUAAGCCUGAGCUAGGACCUGUAAUAUUAGAGGAUGUACUCAUUGAAGUAUUUAGGACAUUACACACACAGUGCAAAGCAGAACUGGAUCUUCAGGUGGAGUCUUCCUUCAGCAAGGACCAUACACAGCUAAGCAGCAAACUGAGGGAAAAUAAGAAAACUGCAGAGCUGAUUAAAACUGCCAAUCUUCUGUUUAAUUCCUUCGAGCCUUACUAUAUGUGGGAUUACAUUGCCCGUUGGUUUGAAGAGUGUUGUAGGAGGACACUACAUGCCCGACUACAGACUGGAGGUGGUAGUGAGCCUGCUGAACUCCCCCUUACCAAUUUCUGCCUAUUAGUUGAUUUUUUGUUGGAUAUAGUAUCUUUGCCUACUAGAAGUAUGAGAGUGCUUUGUCAGGAGACCUAUAUUGAAAUACAAACGGAACACCUGCCUCAGCUGUUACUCAGGAUGGUCUCUGCAUUGACAAGCCACCUUCAGACUUUACACCUCUCUGAAUUAACAGAUUCCUUGAGACUCUGCUCCAAGAUUCUUAGCAAGGUUCAACCCCCACUGUUAUCUGCUGGCACUGAUGGUGCACUGCAGCUUCCAAGUAGGCACAGCAGCACCAUCAAAGAAUGGGAAGAUAAAAAGAUGCCGCUGGUUCCUGGAGAAAAUCCCAGUGAUGUGUUUGAAGACGGUGAAAAUCCUCCAAGCAGUCGAUCGUCGGAAAGCGGCUUUACUGAGUUUGUACAGUAUCAGGCUGAUACAGCUGAUGACAUUGACCGGAUAUUGAGUGGGGGUUCUGGAAUGGCUGGCAUUCCCAUUAUAGGUAGUGCCUCCUCAGAGACGGAGACCGCCUCAACGGUGGGUUCUGAGGAAACCAUUGUGCAGCCUUCUUCCAAGAUGACAGGAUCUCGAGGUGGGAAGACAACAAACGUUCAAAAGACUGCAAUGCAGUGCUGUUUGGAGUAUGUCCAGCAGUUUUUAACCAGAUUUAUCAACCUGUAUAUCAUUCCAAGCAAUUCCUUGUCUCGGCCUUUGGUAGCAGAGCUUCAGGAAGACCUCAUUAAAGGGAAAGGAGAGACUCCACAAUGCACUCGUGAGUCACAAGGAGAUGCAGCUAAAGGGAAAAAAGCAACUAGGAAGACACCACCAAAAGAAUACCUCUCUGCCUUUAUUGCUGCCUGUCAGCUCUUCCUUGAAUGUUCAAGUUUUCCCAUUUACAUUGCAGAGGGAAACCACACAUCCGAAAUACAUGCUGAAAAGACAGAUGUUGAUUGUGAGCAAGAGCAGCCUCCUUUGUGGCUCCAGACUCUUAUGAGCGCUUGCAGACAAGCAAAUGAUUUUAGUAUCCAAGGUGCCACUAUUUCUUUAAUAAUGGACUUAGUUGGGUUGACCCAGUCAAUUGCUGUUGUCACUGGAGAAAAUCUGAAUAGUGUAGAAACGGCGCCACCUCUUAGUCCAAACCAGGGAAGGGUGGCUGUUGUCAUCAGACCUCCUCUUACUCAAGGCAACCUCCGAUACAUGGCUGAAAAGACAGAUUUUUUUAAGCAUGUGGCUUUGACUCUGUGGGAGCAGUUGGGCGAUGGAACUCCUCAACAUCACCAGAAGAGUGUGGAGCUUUUUUUCCAAUUGCACAACCUAGUACCAUCGUCUAGCAUUUGUGAGGAUGUUAUAAGUCAGCAGCUGACCCACAGGGAUAAGAAAAUCAGGAUGGAAGCUCAUGCAAAGUUUUCAGUGCUCUGGCAUCUCACCAGAGACCUACAUAUUAACAAGUCUUCUUCAUAUGGUCGUUCAUUUGACAGGUCCUUAUUUAUCAUGCUAGACAGUCUGAACAGUUUGGAUGGUUCUACCUGGUCAGUGGGUCAAGCCUGGUUAAAUCAAGUACUCCAAAGGCAUGACAUUGCAAGAGUUCUUGAACCUUUGCUUCUGCUGCUUCUCCAUCCAAAAACUCAGCGUAUUUCUGUUCAGCGGGUACAAGCUGAAUGCUACUGGAAUAAAUCCCCCUUUUAUCCUGAAGAUGAGCAUGAAAAGCAUUAUAUGCAGAAAUUUAACUGUGGCAAUGCAUUUGUCCACAUGCCAGCAAGUCAAGAACAAGACAUUGCAGCUAAAGAAAACAAUGAAAAGCAACUUGCUAUGGAUGAAAUGGAGAACUUCAGUCUUACCGUCAACCCUUUAAGUGACAGAAUUUCCCUACUGAGUACCAGCAGUGAAACUAUUCCUCUGGCUGCAUCUGAUUUUGAUCUUCCUGACCAUCAGAUUGAAAUACUGCAGAGUUCGGACUCCGGAUGUUCUCAGUCAUCUAUUGGGGACAGCCUAAGCUAUGAGGUGGAGGCAGAAAAUAUGACUGCACCAGACAGUUCUCAGCAUUUAAGUGGUGAUUCAACAGAUGAAAUAGUCCAGCAAGUGGUCAUUGACUUGAUAUGCAAGGUUGUGAGUGGGCUUGGCAAAGAUACUGAACCAGUUAAACACUUCCUGUUCCCAGAAGAUACCUCAACUAAAUUAAAUGCUUCGGAUUCCUCUGAAGAGGUGACUGAAGCUGGAGAUCCAAACAUUCAGGAUAGCCAGAGCAGUUUGCUUAGUAAUGACAGUUCUCAGUUGUUAUCUGUCUCAACUGAGGUGGGACUUGAAAGUCUUUCCAAUGAAAUCUCCAGAAACAACUCUUCACCUUGCAUCUCAUUAAGCCAGCAGAAUUCCAGUGACCCAGCUUCCAUAUCAACAGAAACAAAGUCUAGGCAGAGAAGUCAUAGUAGCAUCCAGUUCAGCUUCAAGGGGAAAGUGCCUGAAAAAAUGUCAGAGAAAGAAACCAUUGUGAAAGAGGCUGGUAAGCAGCCAGGAGCAAAGCCCAAAGUCAAAAUAGCCAAAAGGAAGGAUGAAGAGAAGAAGAAAGCUCAAGCCGAGAGACUUAAACAAACCAGUGUUUUCUUCAGUGAUGGCCUUGACUUGGAAAACUGGUACAGCUGUGGAGAGGGAGAGAUCUCAGAAAUUGAAAGUGACGCAGGGUCACCAGGAAUGCGGAAGUCUCCCCAUUUCAAUAUCCAUCCUUUAUACCAGCAUGUGUUGCUGUACCUUCAGGUGUAUGACUCCUCAAGGACUCUGUAUGCUUUUUCUGCCAUUAAAGCCAUCUUGAAAACAAACCCUUCUGCCUUUGUGAAUGCAAUCUCUACCACUAGUGUGAACAAUGCCUAUACUCCUCAGCUUUCCUUACUUCAGAAUCUUUUGGCUAGACAUCGCAUAUCUGUUAUGGGUAAAGAUUUCUAUAGCCAUAUCCCCGUGGACUCAAACCAUAAUUUUCGAAGCUCCAUGUACAUAGAGAUCCUGAUUUCCUUAUGUUUAUACUACAUGCGGAGCCACUAUCCAACCCAUGUAAACGUCUCCCCCCAAGAUCUGAUAGGAAAUCGUAAUAUGCAAAUGAUGAGCAUUGAAAUCCUGAUUCUUCUCUUUGCUGAGUUGGCCAAAGUGGUGGAAAGUUCCACGAAAGGCUUCCCCAGCUUUAUUUCAGACAUGCUCUCCAAAUGCAAGGUCCAGAAGGUGGUCCUGCACUGUUUGCUCUCCUCCAUCUUCAGCGCCCAGAAGUGGCACAGUGAGAAAGUCGCUGGCAAAAACAUAGUGGCCGUUGAGGAAGGCUUCUCUGAAGACAGCCUCAUUAACUUUUCCGAAGAUGAAGUUGACAACGGCAGCUCCCUGCAGUCCCAGCUCCUAAAAGUCCUUCAGAGAUUGAUUGUUCUGGAGCAUAGAGUAAUGACUGUGCCCGAGGAGAACGAGGCAGGCUAUGAGUUUGUCAUCACUGACUUGGAACACAUCAACCCCCAGCAGCCAAUGACUUCCCUUCAGUACUUGCACUCUCAGCCAAUAACCUCCCAAGGCAUGUUUCUCUGUGCCGUGAUAAGAGCAUUACACCAGCACUGUGCUUGUAAAAUGCAUCCCCAGUGGAUAAGCCUAAUCACUGCUUCUCUGCCUUACAUGGGGAAAGUGCUACAAAGAGUGGUGGUUUCUGUGACCCUCCAGCUUUGCAGGAACCUGGAUAAUCUGAUUCAGCAAUACAAAUACGAAACAGGGUUGUCUAACAGUAGGCCCCUUUGGAUGGCUUCAGUUACUCCACCAGAUAUGGUGCUUACCCUUUUGGAAGGCAUUACAACCAUUAUUCAUUACUGCUUACUUGACCCAUCUGCACAAUAUCAUCAGCUUCUAGUUAAUGUGAAUCAGAAGUAUAUGUUGGAAGCACGCAGUGGGAUCUUGUCUAUUCUUCACAUGAUCAUGUCAUCUGUGACGCUUCUGUGGAGCAUCUUGCAACAAGCAGACUCUUCAGAAAAACCAGCUGCUGCAGCUGCUGCCUCCGUUACCAUUAUUAAUCUUGGAUCAACAAAGAAUCUGAGACAGCAAAUUCUUGACUUGUUGGGCCCAAUCUCCAUGAACCAUGGUGUUCAUUUUAUGGCAGCGAUUGCAUUUGUAUGGAAUGAAAGGAGACAAAACAAAAAUGCAUCAAGGGCUAAGGUCAUUCCUACUGCCAGCGAAGAACAGCUCCUUCUAGUGGAACUGGUUCGUUCUAUCAGUGUUAUGAGAACAGAGACUGUUAUGCAAACAGUGAAAGAAGUUUUAAAGCAACCACCAGCAAUUGCCAAGGAUAAGAAGCAUCUCUCAUUGGAAGUCUGCAUGUUGCAGUUUUUCUUUGCAUACAUUCAGAGAAUUCCCGUGUCCAACAUAGUAGACAGCUGGGCCUCACUUUUGCUUCUUCUGAAGGAUUCCAUACAGCUUGGCCUUCCAGCUCCAGGGCAAUUUCUCAUUCUUGGCAUUUUGAAUGAGUUUAUUAUGAAAAACCCAAGUCUAGAUAAUAAGAAGGACCAGAGAGAUCUUCAGGAUGUAACCCACAAAAUAGUAGAUGCCAUUGGAGCAAUUGCUGGCUCAUCCCUGGAGCAGACUACAUGGCUAAGGCGAAAUUUGGAGGUUAAGCCUUCCCCCAAGAUCAUGGUUGAUGGAAACAACUUGGAGUCUGAUGUUGAAGAUAUGUUAUUUCCAACUAUGGAAACAUCAAGCAUAACUCCAUCAGUUUAUAGUGUUCAUGCCCUAACACUGCUAUCUGAGGUUUUGGCUCAUCUUCUGGACAUGGUUUUCUAUAGUGAUGAAAAAGAAAGAGUUAUUCCACUGCUUGUAAAUAUAAUGCACUACGUUGUGCCUUACCUUCGCAAUCACAGUGCCCAUAAUGCCCCCAGUUAUCGAGCCUGUGUUCAGCUCUUGAGCAGUCUGAGUGGAUAUCAAUACACUAGGAGAGCAUGGAAAAAGGAAGCAUUUGACCUCUUUAUGGAUUCCAGUUUCUUUCAGAUGGAUGCUUCCUGUGUUAAUCAUUGGAGAACAAUUAUGGAUAAUUUGAUGACUCAUGACAAAACUACAUUUAGAGAUUUGAUGACACGUGUGGCUGUAGCUCAGAGCAGUUCGCUCAAUCUGUUUGCUAAUCGGGAUGUAGAGCUGGAGCAGCGUGCCAUGUUGCUGAAGAGGCUGGCGUUUGCCAUUUUCAGCAGUGAAGUGGACCAAUACCAGAAAUACCUUCCAGAUAUACAAGAAAGGCUGGUAGAAAGUCUGCGCCUGCCUCAGGUGCCCACCCUGCACUCCCAGGUGUUCCUGUUCUUCAGGGUCCUGCUUCUCAGAAUGUCUCCACAGCAUCUUACCUCACUUUGGCCAACCAUGAUCACUGAGUUGGUCCAGGUAUUUUUAUUGAUGGAACAAGAGCUCACCGCUGAUGAAGAUAUCUCAAGAACUUCAGGCCCAUCUGUUGCUGGUUUGGAAACGACAUACACAGGAGGCAAUGGAUUCUCUACAUCCUACAACAGUCAGAGAUGGUUAAACCUUUAUUUGUCUGCUUGCAAAUUUCUGGAUUUAGCCCUGGCAUUGCCCUCUGAAAAUCUUCCUCAGUUUCAAAUGUAUCGGUGGGCCUUUAUUCCAGAAGCAUCAGAUGAUUCAGGGUUGGAGGUGCGAAGGCAAGGCACACAUCAAAGGGAAUUCAAACCAUAUGUGGUGCGAUUAGCAAAAUUACUGCGAAAAAGAGCAAAGAAAAAUCCAGAAGACGACAGCUCAGGGAAAACCUUGAACUGGGAACCUGGUCACUUGCUCCUGACCAUCUGUGCUGUCCGUAGUAUUGAGCAGCUUCUGCCUUUCUUCAACGUCCUGAGCCAAGUUUUUAACAGCAAAGUCACCAGCAGGAGUGUUGGACAUUCAGGGAGCCCUAUGCUUUACCCCAACUCUUUCCCCAACAAGGACAUCAAAAUGGAGAACCAAAAGACAUUCUCCAGCAAAGCAAGACAAAAAAUUGAAGAGAUGGUUGAGAAGGACUUUCUGGAAGGAGUCAUAAAGACAUAAGGCAUAAAGGACAAAACAUUCAUCUUAAAUGUAAUGUAACUUCAAAUGAGACCACUCCAUCUUUCCAGAGUGUAUAGUUUCCCUUUUUCAUACUUUGUAAUGUAUACUUCAGGAUGUAUUUAAUUUAAAUACCUGUAAAUAAGUUCUGGAUGUCUCCUGAAUCAAGUUUAAAUAUUGUGGGCCCAUAUUGAGUAUGGUGCCUAAUAUUUAUGGUACUUUUUGUUUGUCAUCCUAAGUUCUGUCUUUAAGAAAAUCUACAAUACAAGUUGCACAUUUUUUUCUAGUAA